GUUGAAAUUUCUGUCAAGUGUGUGGGCCAACGCGUCUCUCUUUGAAUUCAUUGCCAGGACCUCAACAAGCUCAGACAUUUCACAAAUUUCGUCUCUUACACUGCUUCCAUGGAGCUGGGAAUGGCUACGAAAGUACCAGGGGGCAAGCUUUAUGAUGAUAGUGCGGACAUAUUGGAACAGCAGAGUGAAUGUGAAAUGCAGUUUGAUUUAGAUAGAGAAGAUAAAUUGAAGCGGGAUAGCAACAUGAGUUCAAAUCUGCAAGACAACUCCACUGGUUGCAAUCAGCAAGAACUCCACUGGUUGCAAGAAGUUAAGAAAACGUUAGAAAGUGCUUCAUCUUUUUUAAUGGUAACCAGUUCAUUUUAUUGGAUAUUAACCGACAUGUUGAGCCAGUCAUCAACAGUCGAGCGUCAGCAAGAACGUGGCCCAGUUUUCGAAUGGGUGUUCCCUUUGUUGGAGUUGCUGGGUUUUGUGGUGUUUGUUUUGGUGAUUGGAACAAUGAUUCUGGUGGGUGCACAAAUCAGUCGGUUGCAGAGUGCUAUGCUUCUGUCAUGGGCCAUUCUGAUGCUUGUGAGAUCCGUGGACUCACUCAGUGCACUAUGCGUUUCAAUAAUGGGAAUAAUUCUGAUUGGGUGGCAUUUGGUCAUAGAAAAGCAACCACCAAAUGAAUGGGAAAUGAGCAUAAAAGGUGACCUCCGAGGCCAAAACUAAUACAUGUUAUGUACACAAAUUUCUCGAGUG